AUGGAUACCCUAUUAACGGCAGACAUUGUCGCCAACUCCCCGCGGUUCCGGCGAAAGUCAUCAACAUUCGUCGAUGCAAUCCAUGACUUACCUGAAAAGGCUGACUUAGCACCGGCGCAGCUGUAUAGUACAGAGUCCGGCCGACUUUUCCACUCGGGCCGGAUUGUCAUUAUCACUGUAGGCUUACCAGCGAGAGGCAAGACGCAUAUAUCCGUUGCCCUAGCGCGCUAUCUUCGGUGGUUGGGUGUCAAGACUAGGAUCUUCCAUCUUGGGGAUUACAGACGUGCUACCAUCCCAGUUGGUCAGGACAUCCCUGAUGAUUACUUCUUUGUUAAUGCAUCUGCUUCCUCGGUGCUUCUGAGACAGAAGAUUGUAAAACGGUGCCGGGAAGACAUUUAUCAAUUUCUGAAUGAUGAAAAUGGACAGAUAGCAAUAUACGACGCUGUCAAUCCUUUGGCUUCAGGACGACGAUCGCUUGCAAAGGAGUUCGCUAAACAUGACAUUGAGACUCUUUUUAUCGAGUCGUGGUGCGAUGAUGAGCGUAUUAUCGAGGAGAAUGUCCGCCGAGUAAAAAUAUCUUCACCUGAUUAUGUAGCCUGGACAUCAGAGGAUGCAGUGAGACAUUACUUGACCCGUAUAAACGCUCGAAUCCCUCAAUUUCAGACGAUGGAGGAGAAAGACCUGAACUAUAUCAAAAUGAUAAACGCUGGAGAAAGACUAAUCGUUAACAACCGAAGCUUUGGGUAUCUUUCCCAUCGGAUCGUUUUCUAUCUUCUCAACCUCCACAUCAAAUCUAGGCACACAUAUUUUGCUCGGGCUGGCGUUUCCCUGGAAGCGGACUCUUACAAAGCAGAUGCUUCUUUGUCAGAACAGGGGGAGGAUUACGCCAAGAAAAUGACAGAGUGUCUCUUAAGACACAGAGAGUCCGAGAAACAAGCGACGAUCGACCAAGGGGAGACAAACUACGAGUUGAAACCAUUGACGGUUUGGACUUCCACAAGACGCAGGACAAUCGAGACUGCCAAGUAUCUGCAUGAGACUGGGUACAAGGUCCGACAAAGAUCACAACUAAGCCAGUUGAACCCUGGUGUUUGCGAGAAGAUGUCAGAGAAAAAGAUCCGCGAGGAGUAUCCAGACGAGGUAGCGAAGCAUGAAUUGGAUCCUUACCAUCAUAGGUACCCUCGGGCAGAGUCAUACCAUGACUUAGCUGUGCGCCUCGAACCCAUUAUCUUGGAACUUGAGCGUGAGCAGAACGAUCUUCUCAUUAUCGCGCACGAAAGCGUACUGCGGGUUCUAUAUGGCUAUCUUAUGGCAUGUAAUGCGGCAGAUAUUCCAUUCCUAGAAUUCCCUCGAGACGAGAUAAUUGAGAUAAUUCCCGAGAGUUACCAAAACGAGGCUCGCAGGGUCCAUAUUCCUGGCCUGCCCAAGGAGAUCAUUCCUGGCUCACCUCAAGACAUCAAAAUACCCGUACCCCCUAGUGGAGUAACCACUCCUUUAGUUGGAGGGUUGAGUAGUCCGCAGGAGGGGUUUUCAACUCCACAAAGUGGACUCCGAACCCCUCGUGAACCCGAAAGAAUUUCGCAACAGCAUGUGGAAGAUGUCGUUUAG